AUGGCGGCGACCACGGGGGGCGCCUUGCACCCGCUGGAUGGACAUUGUGACCAGAGACCUCCGCAGCAUCAACAUCACACCCCAGCAGGCGCAGCUAGCAGCAUUGAGCAGAGGGCGGUGGAGAACUCUAGUGCAUGCAGUCGGCUCUACGCACCAUGUAAAAAAGCAAGUGACCAUAGGUACACAGUGGACGUUCUGGACGCGGAAGCCAGUUUCUGUUACCUUGGGGACGUGUACAAGCUCUCAGGCAUCUUCCCCCUAGCAUUCGCCAAGAAGCACAGGGACUGCCUUACACAAGACAAAAGGAGAGCAAAGCAUUUUCCUAUAUACAAGGUGCUGAAGCAGGUGCACCCCGACACCGGUGUCUCCAGCAAGACCAUGGGUAUCAUAAACUUCUUCGUCAAUGACAUUUUUGAGCGCAUCGCCUCGGCGGCUUCUCGUCUGGCUCACUACAACAAGCGCUCCACCAUCAGCAGCCGCGAGAUCCAGACCGCCGUGCGGCUCCUGGUACCGGGCGAGCUGGCCAAGCACGCUGUCAGUGAGGGCACCAAGGCCGUCACCAAGUACACCAGCUCCAAGUAG